AUGACCGACGCCACACCGUUGUUGCAGGCCACGCAUGCCAACUGCGUGUGCCCCGUGUGCCUGGACGUUUUCAAGGAGCCGGUAUGCUUCCCCUGCGGCCACAUCCUGUGCCGAGCCUGCGCUCUCCGCUGUAUUGCAGCACGUCCGCGGUGUCCUCUGUGUAAUCACGCGGUGCCGAACCCGCGCCACUGUGUGCCGCUGCCUCAGCUCUCCCUUUUCUGUAUAUUGGCGCGUGAGGUAGGGCUGCGUGCCAGCGGCCAUCAGCGGAGGUCAUCCGUGCAGAACGCAGAAAAGUGGUUUUCUAACAGUGGCCAUGCUUCGUCUCUGAAGCGACAGCGAGGCGCCGCCGGGGAUUAUGCUCUUGAGGAAACGCAAGAAGACCACCACACGCCGCGGUCGCCACGGGGGUCACGGUCCCCACCACCAGAACAGCGGCCCUUCUUUACAUUGCACGCGCCUCAGGCAUCACACAGCGGCUCGAACGUGGGCGCUGCUACCGAGGACGCCACCACAAACCCUGCUAAGCAGGCAAAUCUACCGGAGCUUCUGUGUGAUGCCGUCGACGAGACGCAGCGACUGCACGGUGAGUCACCUUCGACAUCACCGCCGAUGGUGGGAGAGGAUGGUGCUCUCUUGGGCGAAGCGCCGCACCCCUCGACUAUUGCUCAGGUCACCACAUCUUUGCCGUCUGCCGGCGCGCAUUGUGCCGAGGGUGGCGGCGUGCUUGGACGAAGGCAUAAUCAACCACCGACAUCCCCGUCGCCCUCAGCACUGUCAUCCUCGCCUGCGCCAUUCUCCACACCCCUUCAGCUGCUACGCACUCACCUCGCUGAGUUCUCAGGUCAGCUCGAUUCAACGCCACGGCUGAGCUCGCUACCUCCCAUCGCAAGUACUGUGGUCGAGGUGGCGAGCGCCACCGUCGUAGGAAGUGCCGUAGAGUGCAGUGGCCAGGCAUCUUGGCGAGCCCUCCCUGCUGAAGAUAUUUCUGAUUUGAAGAGCACCUCUACAUGGAACCUGUGGAGACGCGGCCAGGGGGUGAUACACUGCACACUCACCCCUCCUGCAGCACGGCUUCUUGCACGGCAAGCGAGGGUAGCUGCCAGGCCAGGUGAGAUACAGAUGGAGGCGACGUCAUCAACCGCCCCAUCGCGGUUUGGCGCUUCCACUGACACUGUCGGGUCAUUCUUGCACCGCUCCGGCUGUUGCGCCCUCUGCAGCCUUGACGUUGUGCAGCGCACGGCGGUGCGACAGCGUCUGCAGCGGCUGCUGCGAUCCCCAACGGCGCACUGUGAUCCAGCUGAGUUGGCCGCGCAGACGGAGGAGAGCCUCUCGCGUUUGCUGGGGCCGCUGUGGGGUGUGUGCUGCGCGGUGCAGGGCCGCAGCAACAACAGCGCUCGAACACGGGUGCCGCCGAGCGGAGAAGAGUACGCGACAACCGAACUCGACGCGGCACAAGGGGAACACCGCUGCUGUGGUCGCGACGUGGUGACAGCGCACCACACCGCGGGCGUGGCGCAUCACAAUUGCCUAGCAUGGGCGGGACUUCUCGACUUCUUCACCGAUACAUCUCGCGAGGACCUCUCCGGCGCCGCGGCUGCCGGGGUAAAUCUCGUACCCGGCACGACCGCGUCGCUGCACAUGACGGUGCCGCUGGAGGAUCCUUUGGAGGUUCUCGCGUCGCACACAUCGGGCCGCGUGGCUCGAUGGCAGCUGCUGGCUGCAACUUUGUGGCACAUGCAGAGACGGGAGAUGGGUGCAGAGGGUAAACCACCGCAGUAUGUAAAGACCCCUGGUGGAGGCAGCACAGAAGGCCCGCUGAUGACCCCGCAUUGUGCGCUGUGCGAAGGUGAUACAUCGCUGGUGGCCUCCAACUCUCGCUCUUUGACUUUUGGAGCCGGUCUGCGCACGUGCGAGGGCAGCUGUGGCCAGCAGUUCCACUACCCUUGCGCUCUGCUUGCUGGUGCCUCAGCCUGCCUAGUAUUUGGCUUGGACGAUGAGCACAAUGUGCUGGCCGCCAGUGCAAGCGGAUGCGUUCGCGAUCGCAGCGCUAAUGAGAAGUGCCGCGGGCGAGGACCUUCAGUGGAGGUUUGGUGCGGGAGCUGCCACGAGCGGCACAAGACCCGCUGCCGACGUAUGUGA